CACAGCACGUCAGUUGCUGGCUGACCGGCUGAGUUCCUCUCACUCUGUGCCACACUGCCUGAUGGAGUCGGUGGGAGUGCUAUGUAGCCCCACUGGGGCCAGCUCCAACCUACUGAGCUUGCCGGCAUCCUGCCCCUGGGAUGAGGACGAGGAGUCACUGGGUUUGGAAGGAAUCAAGCCCAAAUCUUCACCCGUACCGAGACGACGGAGUUCGGCGUCCUCCGAUGACUCCCUGCCUCCCCCUUCCAGCAGCCGAAGAGUGUCCUUUGCUGAUGCCUUCGGUUUGAGUCUUGUCUCAGUGAAACAGUUUGAUGCUUGGGGAGUAACUGACCCAUCAGGCUCUCUGGAGAGUCACUUGAAUGAAGAUAAGGAGUAUUACAUGGUUCCUCUCUUCACCCUUCCACAGACCUCUGAGGAACUAGCCUUGCGGGUUCACGAGCAGAAGCUAGAACUGGAGAGUUUGGAGUUGCUUUCUGGGACCACCACCCUAAGAGGAAUCGUUCGUGUGCUGAAUAUUAGUUUUGAUAAGAUGGUCUAUGUGCGUACCUCUUUUGAUUCGUGGAAGAGUCAUUUUGAUCUGUUGGCAGAGUAUGUCCCUGGGUCAAACAAUGGUGGGACGGAUCGUUUCUCCUUCAGACUCACACUAGUACCCCCAUUUGGACAAGAGGGCGCUAGGGUCGACUUCUGUUUGCGAUAUGAAACAUCUUUAGGCACUUUUUGGGCGAACAAUAAUGAAAAGAACUACUCUGUGUUUUGUUGUGAAAAAAUAAAGGCGAAACCCCAAGACGAGAGUGAAAACAGAAGAAAAAGCUGUCUGAAAACCACCAGCCUAGAUGUCUCUGCUUCGACUGUUUCAGCAACAAACAAUGAAGAAUUUCCUGAUAUAAAUCUAAAUUCGGGAUCUCUAAAGGACAACUGUGAGAAACUUGAAAGCAAAGAAUUACAGGCGAGUUCUGCAUUUUACCAAAUUCAACCACUGUCAAAUAAUUGUGUGUUUUAAUAAAACAAAGCCUUUUUUUGUGUAAAACUGUAUAGUGAAAACAAUAUUAUAAAUUGUGCUGUGACACUGGCUGCUCUCUCAGAAUGUCAUGCGGUUACUGAUGUUAGGCUUUG